CCAUUCGUCGAUCUUGGAUGAGAAACGAAUGUCUGGACUUCCCAAUACUACGAUAUGCACCAGUGGACGCUUUCAUAUCCUCGAUGACAUGCCAGUUUCGCGCUCUCGCAGCUCCCCGUGAUUGCUUCUCUUUACGGGGGAGAAAAUCAGGUCUGACGAGCUGGCACUGCCAGCACUGCGACGGCUUCCCCUCAUGGAACCUCCGGCUCGGUUCUGACUCUUUUUCUGUGAAACACGCUUGCCUUUCUGGAUUACGUAUACACUGGAAGGGCUCGUCAAGGAACGUCACAUCGCCUGCACACCGCUAUGAUCUCCUAGCUUGUUAACCCGAACAUCUGUGGAACCCUCAACCCAGCUCCCGCCCACGUUCAGGCACCACAGCCGCAGGGUCGUUUCUCACCUUUCUCUGUGUC